AUGAAAAAACGAACUUCUCCUCGUUCUCGAAAUGCUAUGAAGGAACCAAAAGAAUUUGAAUUUGCUAAACUUGCAAUCACUCCAGAAUUAGCAGAGAAGCGAAAAGAAAUGAUGGUAAAGAAUGACGAACUAGAAGAAGCAAAAUCAAAAUUCGAAGAGUGGAAAGUUGACUUCCAAUCAAGAAAAGCAGAAAUAGAUGAUAAAAUGUCAAAACUCGAAGACCAAAAACGCAAUUUGAUUCAAUUUACUCGUCAUCAUAAUUUAGAACUCGAAAAAGCGCAACAACGUGAAGAAGAAUCUAAAAUAAAAAUGAUUAAUAUAAGAAAAGAAAUCGAUGUUCUUAAAAAAGAAGAUGAUCAAUUGCAAUCUCAAAUCGAUGAUUUGAUGAAAAAGAUCAAUCAAUUGCAGCCAUGCGCCGAUUACUUGCAGGCAGCUGUUGACUACAGCCCUAACUUCGAUUCGGUUGAAUAUAUGUUAAAUCGCUAUCAUUCUAUCAGUGAAACAAGAGCUGAGUUUUUGGGCAAAUAUCAAAACUUGCUUAUGACAUUUGGAGAUGAUAGUAAGAAGCUUGAUGAACUUCUUAAACUUAGAAAAGCAUAUUUAAUCGAUCGAACAAUGAAGUUUAACAAAGAAAUCGCAAAAUACGAGCAAACAAAGCAACAAAGAGAAUACAGAAAAAUGUCUUUGAUUAAAGAUGUUCAAAGAAUCGAAGAAAAAUUAAUUGAAUUAUCUUCGAUUAAAACAUCUAUUCGUACCAUUUAUGAGAGCGCAAUGGACAGAAUGCAAUCAAAUGAUGCUAGAAAGAAAGCUCCUCCAGCAAGUUCUCUCACAGAAGAACAGAUGCUGAUAGCAAUCCAGAAUAGAUUUAGUGAUCUAUCCGAAAUCAUCAAGGCUGCUAAUGUGAAAGUCAUUAUAUGA